GCGGGGCCGCCGGGGGGGGGGGGGGGCGGUGCGGUUUGGCCCCGUUCGGCUCCCGUCGGCCGCCGCCGCGAUGGACCUGGGGCCGCUGCGGAAGAGCUACCGGGGGGACGCGGAGGCCUUCGAGGAGCAGCACCUGGCCUCCCGCGACCCCAUCCAGCAGUUCGGGGCCUGGUUCCAGGAGGCCGUGGGCUGCCCAGACAUCGGGGAGGCGAACGCCAUGUGCUUGGCCACCUGCACCAGGGACGGGAAGCCCUCGGCCCGCAUGGUGCUGCUGAAGGGCUUCGGGCAGGAUGGCUUCCGCUUCUUCACCAACCACGAGAGCCGUAAGGGGAAGGAGCUGGACGCCAACCCCUUCGCUUCACUGGUCUUUUAUUGGGAGCCCCUGAACCGGCAGGUACGGAUCGAGGGCUCGGUGAAGCGGCUGCCGGAGGAGGAAUCGGAGCGGUACUUCCACUCCCGCCCCAAGAGCAGCCAGAUCGGGGCCGUCGUCAGCCGGCAGAGCACCGUCAUUCCCAACAGGGAGUAUUUAAGGAAGAAGAACACGGAGCUGGAGGAGCGGUACCGGGAGACGACGGUGCCGAAGCCGGCGUACUGGGGGGGCUACAUCCUGCAGCCAGACGUCAUGGAGUUCUGGCAGGGCCAAACCAACCGCCUGCACGACCGCAUUGUCUUCCGACGCCUGCGGGACGGCUCGGCCCCCCUGGGAGACAUGACGCACCGGGGAGAGGGCGAAUGGGUCUUCGAGCGUUUCGCCCCGUGAGGCUGCCGGCGUCUCCGGAUGCGUUCGCCCGAUCGGGAAUGUCACCUGUGCCAAACCUAUCUCCCGUCCUGCCCUGGGGAACGGGGCUGGCCUCGCUCUGCCCUGCCCUGGGAGACGCUCUGGGGGCGCUGGCGGGGACUCUGCUCCAGCCCCAGAGACCCUCGUCUCCCUUCGCCUCUCCCUGGGGGAUGGGUGGGUCCCAGAGACCACCCCAGUGCCGCUGGUGGUUAAUUAAUCACGUUAAUGGUUGUGGAGGGACCAAGAAAGACCCCAGCGAACCCCCUGCCCGUGCCCUGCUGCUGCCACUGCUCGUACCUGGUGUUUUAGCUAGAACCGUGCAACGUGCAAUAAUUGUGGCUUCAACGUCACCAGUCUGUGCAAUAACUUAUUUAAUUGCAGUUUUAACGUCGCCACCGUGUCAGCGGUGUUGGUGGCUGGCUGUGUGUGUCGCUACCGGCGCACCCCGUCUCCCCGGGGCUGUGGGACCCCGACCCUCAGCUUGCCUGUUCGGGGGGGAAUUGGGCUGGCGCCGCUCCCUGUCCUCCCCCCACAGCUGCGUGUCUGAGCUUGGAAAAAAUAAAUCCCGAUCGUUGUGGA